AAAAGCACAUCCAUCGGUCCAUGUAACCCUAACCUCGACGGAGGCACUCUCAGCAUCUCCGACAUCGGAAAUCCACACCUACAUUAUUCUGCCUCUACUGUUAAUCCAUUUAAGAUCGUCACAGCGAAAGCUACUCUUUCACUCAUCCGCUUAACAAAUUUAGAUUUUUGUGGCUCUGCUGUUUGAAAUCUCUGGCGCCGAAGCUACUGUCUCACCAUCUUUGAUCUCCACAUCUAGAGCUUUCUGCCUCUGCUGUAAUGCAGAAGGUUGGUUAAGGUUAUCUCGUAACAUGCCUGCACAAAAAAUCGAAACGGGUCACACAGACACUGUCCAUGAUGUGUGCAUGGACUAUUACGGAAAACGAGUAGCAUCUGCAUCCUCCGAUUCCACCAUCAAAAUAAUCGGUGUCACCAACAACUCCACUUCCCAACACCUCACUACUUUAACCGGUCACAACGGUCCAGUCUGGCAAGUCGCGUGGGCCCACCCAAAGUUUGGGUCCCUCCUAGCAUCCUGUUCCUACGAUGCAACCAUCAUCCUCUGGAAAGAAACCAACCCAAACGAAUGGACCCAAGUCCACACUUUCACCGACCAUAAAUCCUCGGUCAACUCCAUUGCGUGGGCCCCACAUGAGCUCGGGUUAUGUCUGGCGUGCGGGUCGUCCGACGGGAACAUCACGGUCCACACCGCCAGGUCAGAUGGCGGGUGGGACACCACACGGAUCGACCAGGCUCACCCGGUUGGAGUGACUUCGGUUUCGUGGGCCCCGUCGAUGGCUCCCGGGGCUUUGGUCGGGUCGGGUAGUUUUGAACCGGUUCAAAAGCUGGCUUCUGGGGGGUGCGAUAACACGGUGAAGGUAUGGAAGUUAUCAAACGGGGGUUGGAGAAUGGACUGUUUUCCGGCUUUACAAAUGCAUACGGAUUGGGUUCGGGGUGUUGCGUGGGCCCCGAAUUUGGGGCUUCCGAAAUCGACUAUUGCAAGUUGUUCUGAGGAUGGGACUGUUGUGAUAUGGACUGUGGGGAAAGAAGGUGAUAAUUGGAACGGGAAGGUUUUGUUUGAUUUUAAGGUUCCGGUUUGGAGGGUAACUUGGUCAUUAACCGGUAAUCUUUUGGCUGUGGCUGCUGGGGAUAAUAAUGUCACCAUGUGGAAAGAAGCUGUUGAUGGAGAAUGGCAACAGGUUACCACCGUUGAUUAGAAUCAACAGUAUUUUCAAUUACCAUGUUUGCCCUUGUUACUGCUAUAUUUGAUGUUAAUACAAGACAAUUAAACCUUUUUCUUUUAUUACAAUAAUUAUUUGGUUUACAUA